AUGACCUCCAAGGUACUACCACAUAGAGAAUGGGCCAAACACCACCAAGGCCAGGCGGCUCAUAGGCUUUUGAGGGGAAUUCAUGACAAGGGUCAUGCUGUCACAAGGAAUCUGAAAUCAGAUGGUCAAGUGGAAACAAUGCAAUUGUUGCACAACAUCAAUGAAGAUGAGCUUGCUGGCUUUGAAGAGACAUGGAAAGGAAAAGCUAGAAACCAUCUGCCUGGCUGGACUGGUGGAGCUAGUUCUCAUGAAGGGUUGGGUGAUGCAAGCAGCAGGAGCAGGGGUGGGUGGGCACUGCCUUCAAGUGGUGCAAGUAGUCCAUCACACAUAGGUGUGAGAAGGAGAGCAGAAGGUGGUGAGCAUGGUCAAUCAUCAUCAAAGCAGCUCAGGAGACGUUGAGACUGCUGCCAUGUUUUCGAGAUGAAAGAACGUAAUAAUAUGUUUGCUCAACUGUUACCUUCUGCAAUUAUGUUUCGUGUUUGUUGUCAUGCUUUUUCAGUUUAGUAGCUUUGUACAUUGUUAAAAAAAUAUUUAAAUAUUGGUAGUAGCUUUAAAUCAUAGAUCACUAGGAUAUUUCAAAACCUGGAACCAACCUGUUAGUACAAGUAUCUUAAGAUUAUUAUGAAUUUGUUUUUAUUCGAA